AUGUGUAUUGCUUUAAUCUCGACAGCUCAUCCUUCGUAUAGCCUCAUACUCAUCGCUAAUCGUGACGAGUUCUUGAAUCGUCCUACCGCUCCAGCAUCAUGGUGGCCUGAACCACAUUCGCAAGUUCUGGCUGGUCGAGAUCUCCUUCGCUCGGUACAUGGAACAUGGCUUGGGGUUACCAGGCAAGGUCGGAUCGCUGUGUUGACCAAUUUUAGAGAAGAGGGUCCGCUACCACAAGGAGCAGUGAGUAGAGGUGCUAUCAUUCGGGCCUUUUUAACAGACAACCACGAAAGCACCGCGGCUUUCGUGAGGGAGAUGGUUGCUUCUGGGGUCAGCCGAGAUGCUGGCGGAUUUAGUCUUGUCUGUGGAAAUCUUGGAGAGCCUUUGGCUGUAAUCUCAAACAGAGCAGCGUCGGAAGCCGAAAUACCCUGGAUCCAGCCGGACGCAGCACAGACUCUGGGUUUGAGCAAUGCCGCUUUCGGAGACCGUGGCUGGAAAAAGGUUGCUGAUGGCGAAAGUUUGUUAAGAGACGCUGUCAGUCAGAGUGUGGAAAGCGACGAUAAUGAAGAAGAUUUUAUAAAGAGGCUUCUCAAGCUACUGGGUACAGACACAUUGCCUCGACUUGGAGAGGACGGAGAUUUGGAAACGUACAUUGCUCAAUUGAGGAACACUAUUUUCGUACCACCAAUCGGGCGGAGGACAGAGUUGCAUGCAGAUGAAAUCGCGGCAGCGGCCAGAAAGGAGAAAGCGACCGUGGUCACGCAUAGCGAGCAAGCAUUGGGCGUCAGUGGGUUGUAUGGAACGCAGAAGCAGAGUAUUGUCCUUGUCAACCAUUCUGGCAAUGUUCGAUUCUUCGAGCGAACUCUGCAUGACGGUGAUGGUAGGCCAAUCCCAACUGGACAAGGUGAUGCCGACUUCAGCUUCCAAAUCGAACGAUAG